GUCUCUGAUCCAGUUCAGUUUCGGUUGCACAACCUCAGCAGGUAGGAUUUGUGUUUGAACACUUACAGGUGUGUCUGUUUACCAUGACGCACCUGAGUGAAUCAACCUGUUUCCAUGUCAUCACGUGACUCAACAGCUGCGGGAACUUCCUGUUCUGAGUCACAAAGGGCUGAUCAGAGAUGGAUCUGGAGAAGACCGGAAAUGGAGGCGAUGCUGAACCUGAUGGGGUCAGAAUGUUGGAAGCAGAUGAGCUGAGUCAGCAGCUGGAGAUGAUCAGCUGAUGGAGCAGAACCUUUAGAGAGAACGGUUGAACCAACCGGAUGAGGACAGAAUCAGUGAACUAACAUUUACGCCUCAGACACCAUGACGGUCCCAAACAGAGAAGGAAACGCUCAGAUUCCUGACAUUCUUUGCACAGCAGCUCGUCGCGUUCAGGACGCCUCUGGGCGGGCUUUUAUUUUGAAGGGUUCCGGAAGUUUCCGCCCGGGAUGACUUCCUGUGUGUUCCGUCUUUCCCGGUUGGUCAGCUGAUCGUGGGCCGGUCUGCUGACUGUCAAACGCCCGAUCUCUCCGCCGCCGAGCCGCGUCCCCCCCGCCCGCCCCCGACUGCCCGCUGCCGGGGCUCGAGGUCCAGCCUGUUUCCGGUUCCGUCCGGCCGGAUCGGUGGCUCCUCCGUGACGGACUACAGCCCGCCGGUGUCCCGCCUGACAACACCGGAGGUCGAGCGAGCUGUGGCGGCCGUCCGCUGCGCCAUGGCCCCGCUGGAGCUGGCCAUGCAGGGCCUCGCCGUGUUCGGCCUCGUGCUCUUCCUCGUGCUGUGGCUCAUGCACCUGAUGUCCAUCAUUUACGUACGCCUUCACCUCCACAAGAAGAGGUCAGAGGUCAAGCAGCCGUUUGCUCAGCUGGCAGGAGUUUCUCUGCUGAAGCCUCUGAAGGGGGUCGACCCCAACCUGAUCUCCAACCUGGAGACCUUCUUCACUCUGGAUUACCCGAAGUAUGAGAUCCUGCUGUGCGUUCAGGACCUGGACGACCCCGCUGUGGACGUCUGUAAGAAGCUGCUGGGGAAGUACCCCAACGUGGACGCGCGCCUCUUCAUCGGAGGGAAGAAGGUCGGAAUCAACCCGAAGAUCAACAACCUGAUGCCAGGUUAUGAAGGGGCCAAGUACCAGCUGGUGUGGAUCUGUGACAGCGGCAUCAGAGUGAAACCGGACACCCUGACAGAUCUGACCAAUCAGAUGACGGAGAAAGUGGGUCUGGUCCAUGGACUGCCGUACGUCGCUGACCGUCAAGGUUUUGCUGCCACUCUUGAGCAGGUGUACUUUGGGACGUCACACCCCCGCUCCUACAUCUCAGCCAACGUGACGGGUAUCAAGUGCGUGACGGGAAUGUCGUGUCUCAUGAGGAAGGACGUGCUGGACCAGGCCGGCGGGCUGAUCGCCUUCGCUCAGUACAUUGCAGAGGAUUACUUCAUGGCCAAAGCCAUCGCUGACAGAGGCUGGAAGUUCUCCAUGGCGACCCAGGUGGCGCUGCAGAACUCUGGCUCGUACUCCAUUGGCCAGUUCCAGUCCCGCAUGAUCAGAGGAGGUCGUCAAACCAACAGCAACACCAGACGGGCUGAGAGGACGUGGAAGAAGGACAAACUGCACGUCUCCGUCCAGAUUUCACGGGACUCCUUGGCUGAAUAUCAGAACUGUCAGAGACCAAAGCGCAGUAUUUUUCAGAGUUUAUCACCACCAACAAUCACCGUCCAAGAAUGCUGUUUAUGUAAUAAAGAGAACCCAGCCCUCACAGACGCCUCACGGCCAAUUUUCAUUUUUUUAUUGAUGAAGUUCAUUCUGUGCGACGGAUCAUAACUCCAGAUGCUAACAGAGACGUUUCUGAUGUGCUCCAUCACUUUGAGUUGAUUUCUCUUCCUGCUCUUUCUGAAACCGUCAAAUCGUUCAAACCCACAAACUGCAGUGAUUCCUGCUAAAAUUCUGAAGGAAGCUUUUGAUGUUUUAGGGCCGGGUCUACUGAACUUUAUCAACUCUUCCAUGAGCUCUGGAGUGGUUCCACCUGCUGUUGAACAUGCUGUGGUGAAGCCUCUUCUUAAAAAACUCAUCUGGACACCUCUGUUUUAUCUUUUCAGACCCGUUUCUCAUUUUUUUAUCUAAGUUAUUAGAAAAAGUUGUUUUUAAGCAGCUGCAGUCCUUUUCAGAACACGAUGUUACUUUUGAGAAGUUUCAGUCAGGUUUUAUGUCUGGGACAGCACAGAAUCCGCCCUUCUGAAGGCCCAUAAUGACAAUGCUGUGUCUGUUGCUGGUGGUUCUGGUGCUAUUGGACCUGACAGCAGCCUUUGACACGGUGGACCGUGCAGUCCUCCUGUCUCGACUAGAACACCACAUCGGCGCUGCACUUAACGGGUUCAAGUCGUAUUUAACAGGGAGAAACUUUUCUGUUAACAUUGGUGAGGCCUCCUCCUCUGUGGCUCCUCCCUCCUGUGGGGAACCUCAAGGCUCAAUCCUUGGCCCUUCCCUUUUCUUUACAUCUGCUGCCUUUCGGUUCUAUCGCUGCACGGCCUGACAUCUCAUUUUACUGCUGCGCCAAUGAUCUGCAGAUAUAUCUGCCCCUCAGUCCAGGAAAAAGACGUCACAAAAUGUUUAAACAGAAGGCGGUACAGCAGUGGCCGAGCCAGAACUUUCUAUACUUGAACAAGUCAAAAACUGAGAGCUCUGUUUUUGGUGACACCUCUACAGCUGACUCCACCGCUGGGUUAUCUUUGACAGCUGUUUUAAAUUUGACAAGCACAUUGACAAUGUUGUCUAAAUGAGUUUUUAGCUAAAAGGCACAAAUGAUGGGGUGGUCCUGGUGCCCUGCCCCUGGUGAAGCUGUAUGGAGUGUGCAUUACCCCGCCCUCUGAUGGAGGGUAGGGUCCAAACACCUGUCGUACUAGCCCUGAGCCGCAGUGAUCUAGAAACAUCCAUCCACGCUGUGAUCACCUCCCAUAGAUUCCUGUAACUCUCUGUACUUUGGCGUCUCUCAGCGAUCACUCGACCGUCUCCAGUCAGUCCAGAAUGCAGCAGCACGACUGUUAACUGGAACAUCCAGACGAGAACACAUCACUGCGGUUCACUGGCUCCCGGUUCAUUUUAGAAUCCAGUUUAAACUUUUACUGUUUGUUUUUAAGGCUCUUCAUGGUCUCGGCCCGGUUUACUUAACUGCUGUUAAACGUCUGCAGCCAUUCCAGAGUUUAAAGGUCUACUAAUCUGCUGGAGGUGCCCAGGUCACCACGGAAACGUUGGGGUGACCGUGGUUCUUCCUCAUAUGGAAUAGUAUUCCAGCAGAACUGUGCAUGAUGUCAGAUCUUAACGGCUUUAAAUGUUAUUUAAAAACUCACCGUUUUAGAAUGGCUUUUAAUGCUCAGUAGAUGGUGGCAUUUUACUUUAUUUCAUUUUUGUUUUAUUGUAUUCUUAUUGAUCUUUUAUGUAUUUCACUGUAGACUGCUUUUGUAAUUUUAUGCUGUUUUUUAUAUUUUGUUCUUAAUUUGUCUAAUUUUUUAAACUUUCCUCUUUUAUUGUGAAGCACUGUGGUAUUAGCAGAUGUAAAGCGCUACAUAAAUAAAUUUAAUUCAUUCAGACAUUCACCUCUGAGUUUUAGGCGGGACUGUUGGUGUGGAAGUAAGCCUCCACCAAC